UUUUUCGGGGGUGUGACGUCCAUUGUUGUUGUUUUUGUGCUAUUGUGAAUUAAACCAACUGUUGUCGGGUGAAAUAAAAGUGAAUCGUUAGCCGUGCCAACUCUCCAACAAAGAAAGUUCUAUUCAAAACAAAGCUUUCGCCGGCAAAACAACAAAAUGCAGGUGGAACCAUUCGGCCCUGGCUGUGACGUCACGCAUCGCCAGCCAGAGGAAAACAAAACCAAUUUGAUUUUCUCGACGGCAGUCAGAAGUACAAAAACCGACAAACCGAACGGUCGGUUCUAUACCUCAACUCCAAAGACCUCUCAUACUCAUCCGAAAGUUCAAAAUUUCGUGGGCGCUAGCGAACCCAGGGAAAAGGGGCGAGUGGGCGUGGUGACCGCCUUUGAUCCGCUGCUCAAAAAAGUGGCCCUUCUCUUUGGAACUCUAAUAAUUGCCUAUAAAAGCGUCAUAUUAACCAUGCCAUACAUCAGCGGCGACUCCAUUCAGGUGCUGAGCCACCAGGUGCAGAGUCGGUGGAACGAGACCUUGGUGUGGGCCACCAGCCACCAGCUGGGCUCCAGGCUGAGUCCCCUGCUGUGUGGCCUCAUUGUGGCCGCAUUCGCGUACGGAAUUGUGUACUUGGACAGCGCAGUGCCCGGCGUAAACCCGCCAUCGCCCUUCACGCCGCGUUCCAAGAAGCGUUUCCGCGAUGAGAAGACCGCCUCGCUACACUUGGGCUACUUGUGCGCCCUGUUCUGCGGAUUUCUGGUCACGGUCUUCAUGUACUUCGAUCUGUACUCCUAGAACUGAAUAACCCUUUCCUUCCACUUAGUCAAUUAAGUUCACCAGUAUUAGAGUUUAAACGUCAACCUUGGAAUUUGUAUUUAUUGUAGUCCCUGUAACAGUGCAAUGCUCGUGGAGAGAAUCAUCAGCGGCAUUUUGAAGCUAACUUAGUUCCUAGGUAUAUCAAUUAUAAGUUACUUAUUAACAGACUCUAUAAAUUAUUCAAGAUUUCUAAGCUACAAAGUACAAAAUGAAACAUUUCACUGUUGAUUUUGGGCCAAGGGAGGAAAGCUUAAGCUUAUCACCUGGCCUAAAAAUCAUGAAAACACUAUAUAUGGAAAUACCUUACUAAAAUAUAACUUACUUAUGCACAUUGUUUUGCAUCAGAAUA